AUGACGGAUGACUCCGGCGACGCAAAGCCCACCCCGGGUAAGUUAGAAAUCGCCCUCUUCCUCGCCGCCAGCCAGGGCUACGACACGAUCGUGAAACUCCUCCUCAGCACUCCCGGCGUGAACCUCGGCUGCGUGGACCCGGACAACCGCAAUGGAAUCUCGAUGGCCGCGGAGGGCGGACACGGCAGCGUCAUCCAGAUCCUUCUGGAAACCGGCGCCGUCGACCCAAAUGCAGCAGACAAGAAACUCGGCCAGACACCGCUCUGCUGGGCUGUCAAGGGCGGCCACGAAGCUGCCACGAGCCUGCUCCUCGCACGCGCCGACGUCAACCCGAAUACCCCUGACGCGCAGGGCCAGACGCCGCUAUACUGGGCCGUGAAGAAUGGGCAUGAAGCUAUUGUCGGGCAUCUACUAGCGCGCGCGGAUGUGGAUGUGAAUACUCCCGGUGCGGACGCGCAGACGCCGCUGUGGGUGGCGGUCAAGAAUGAACAUAAGGGGAUUAUUGGGCGGUUGCUGGGCCACGCGGACGUUGAUCCCAACACGCCGGACAGCAAUGGCCAGACGCCGCUAUACGUGGCUGUGCGGAAUGGGAAGGAGGAGAUCGUCACUCUGUUACUCGCUCGGAGCGGAAUCGACCCAAACAUCGCUGACGCAAACGGACAAACGCCUUUCUACUGGGCGGUGGAGCAGGGGAACCAGGCGCUGGUAGUGCAGCUGUUGAAAGCGAACGCAGACCCCGACGUCAAGGAUAACAAUGGGCGGACGCCGCUGCUUUGGGCCGCGGAGAAGGGGCUGGAGGAGGUCGUCCGGUCGCUGAUCGGAUCCAAGAGGGUGAAUCUCGAUACUGCGGACGCGAGCGGGAGAACGCCGCUCUGGUGGGCGGCUCGCAACGGGCAUUCGACGAUCGUGCGAUUGCUCGUUCGCCACGGCGCGGAUAUGGAGAUCCAUCCGGCCUCCGAUGAGGGCAAGGGUCCGCGCGGGACGCCGUUGUACCAAGCUGGGCGAAAGGGACAUCUUGACAUCGUCAAGUACCUGAUUAAGAAGGGCGCGGACAUCGACUCACCGUCCGGGGAGUCCGGUCUUCCACUCCUGCUGGCUUUGGUGGUCCACGACCGCAGCAAACGCGGAAUGAAACUGCUGCAGCUUCUCCUCGAAAAGGGCGCAAAUGUCAACUCCAAAGACGGGAGUGGCCAGACCACGCUCCACCUCACAGCCAAGGACGGCGACUUGGAUCUGACAGCCCUCUUUCUCGAACGAGGCGCACAGGUGAACUUGGUCGCCAAAGACGGCACGACACCUCUGCAUGUAGCCGUGCUCCACGAGCAAAGCAAGCUCAUCGACGAGUUUCUCGCCCAUGGCGCCGACGCCGAAGCACAAGAUAAAGCCGGCGACACACCGCUCCAUCUUGCCGCGUCAGGAGGCCACAGACGACUCGUGGCUCUUCUUAUCGAGCACGACUGCGACAUCAACGUGACGAACCACUGCGGCGAGACCCCACUGCACAAGGCUGUCGAACGCGGCCACCGCAAGAUGGUAGAAUAUCUGCUUAAAAACGGCGCCGAUAUCGAGCUGCAGGACGACUACAAAAAAACUGCGCUGCACCGCGCAGUGCGGGCCAAGAACCAUGUGAUGAGGCUGCUGGUCAACCGCGGGGCGAACAUCCACGCAAAGGAUAUGUUCGGGCAGACGGCGCUGCAUAUAGCGGCGGAAGCAGGCCUCCGGGAGGAUGUGCACUUCUUGCUGGGUCAUGGGGCGGAGUCAGAGCUCAAGGACAAUAACGGGCAGACGGCUUGUGAUUUGGCAGCCAAGGCUGGGGAGGUUGAGGUCGAGGAGCUGUUCAAGGAGAUGAGUCUUGUUAUUGCGGCGGGAUCGUCGUCAGACGACGAGUCAGUGGUGGAUAUCGGAUGA